CCAGGACCCCGCAUUCACUAUAUCCGGUCUUCCCAGACCCUACAUUCACUAUAUCUGGUCUUCCCAGACCCUGCAUUCACUAUAUCUGGUCUCCCCGGACCCUGCAUUCACUAUAUCCGGUCUUCCCAGACCCUGCAUUCACUAUAUCUGGUCUUCCCAGACCCUGCAUUCACUAUAUCUGGUCUCCCAGGACCCUGCAUUCACUAUAUCUGGUCUCCCAGGACCCUGCAUUCACUAUAUCCGGUCUUCCCAGACCCUGCAUUCACUAUAUCUGGUCUCCCCGGACCCUGCAUCCACUAUAUCUGGUCUCCCAGGACCCUGCAUCCACUAUAUCUGGUCUCCCCGGACCCUGCAUUCACUAUAUCUGGUCUCCCAGGACCCUGCAUCCACUAUAUCUGGUCUCCCCGGACCCUGCAUCCACUAUAUCUGGUCUCCCAGGACCCUGCAUCCACUAUAUCUGGUCUCCCAGGACCCUGCAUUCACUAUAUCUGGUCUCCCAGGACCCUGCAUUCACUAUAUCCGGUCUUCCCAGACCCUGCAUUCACUAUAUCUGAUCUCCCCAGACCCUGCAUCCACUAUAUCUGGUCUCCCCGGACCCUGCAUUCACUAUAUCCGGUCUUCCCAGACCCUGCAUUCACUAUAUCUGGUCUCCCAGGACCCUGCAUUCACUAUAUCCGGUCUUCCCAGACCCUGCAUUCACUAUAUCUGGUCUCCCCGGACCCUGCAUUCACUAUAUCCACUCUCCCCGGAUCCUGCAUUCACUAUAUCUGGUCUCCCCGAACCCUGGAUUCACUAUAUCUGGUCUCCCUGGACCCUGCAUUCACUAUAUCUGGUCUCCCUGGACCCUGCAUUCACUAUAACUGGUCUCCCCAGACCCUGCAUUCACUAUAUCCAGUCUCCCCAGACCCUGCAUUCACCAUAUCUGGUCUCCCACAGACCCUGCAUUCACUGUAU